CCUACCCGCUGGCUUCUUUUUUCCUCGUCUUCCCCACUGCCACUCUCUGGCCUUGCCGUUUCUCUUUCUCGUGGCUUUCCAAAGCACUCUCUCUGCUGGCUGCUAACACAUUUGUCGAGCUGUCAAACUUUCUCGACUUUACCUCCCAUUCAGACCAGCUCACGGCCUCCCGCACCAGCCGACCCCAGUCGGCCGACAGCAAGCUUUCCUACUCGAACGAUCACGAACAAACACCCGCCAGCUCGCCAUUGUGUUCCCGCCUCAAUCUGCUCGCACAUACUCUCUCGCGAUGGCUGCUGUAGACCCGAGCACCCGCAAGAAGGUGCUCAAGGUCAUCUUUGUCUCUCUCCUCCUUGACCUGAUAUCCUUCACCUUCAUCCUGCCACUCUUUCCCAAACUCCUCGAGUUCUACCGCAACAGCGAGGCCGGGCCGGACUCCCAGUCGACGCUCCUCGCCCGCAUCCUCGGCGGCCUCAACGCCUACAAGUCGUCCUUCGCCAAGCCCAUCGACUCGCGGUACGACAUUGUCCUCCUCGGCGGCGCGCUAGGCAGCCUCUUCUCCCUCCUCCAAGCCAUCGCCUCCCCGUUCAUCGGGCACCUGUCGGACAAGCAUGGCCGCCGGACCGCGCUGCUCGCCAGCAUGGCGGGCAACAUCCUCUCGGUCCUCCUGUGGGUCGUGGCCGUCGACUUCCGAACCUUCCUCGCCUCGCGCAUCGUGGGCGGGCUGUCCGAGGGCAACGUGCAGCUCGCGACCGCCAUUGCGACCGAUAUCUCGGAUGAGAAUAGCCGUGGCUCGACCAUGGCGCUCAUCGGCGCGUGCUUCUCAAUUGCAUUCACGUUCGGCCCGGCCCUCGGCGCGUACCUGAGCUCCAUCGCCACCGUGGCCGCCAACCCCUUCGCGACGGCCGCAGGCGUCUCGCUCGCCCUCAUCGUCACCGAGACGGUAUAUCUGUACGCGAAGCUGCCCGAGACGCUCCCCAGCAAGGCCGCGACCGGCACCAAGUCGACCAACACACCUUCUUCCACUACUGCCGCGGCCCCCACCACCCGCACAAACUCUCACUUUCUCCUCAACCUCGUCCACUUCGCCUUCCUCCUCUUCUUCUCCGGCAUGGAGUUCUCGCUGCCCUUCAUGACCUACGACCUGUUCCAGUACGACGCGGCCAAGAACGGCCGGCUGCUGGGGUACAUCGGCUUCGUCGCCUCGGUCCUGCAGGGCGGCGUGACGCGGCGCCUGCCACCGCUGACCACCGUCCGCCUCGGCGUGGCGGCGUGCCUGGUGGCCUUCUUCCUACUCGGGCGCAUCACGACCGUGGGCUCGCUCUACCUGGCUGCCACCUGCCUGGCGACGACCUCGGCCACCGUGGUCAGUGGCCUCAACGCGCUGAGCAGCUUCGAGGCCGGCGCGGCCGAGCGCGGGGGCAAGCUCGGCGUGCUGCGCAGCUACGGCCAGCUAGGCAGGGGCCUGGGCCCUCUGCUCUUCACCAGCGUCUACUGGUGGGCCGGGAGGGAGGUCGCGUACGGCAUGGGCGCCGUGGGCAUCGCGGGCGUCGCGGCCCUCGUGUUUGGCGGGCUCAAGACACCGCCUGGUUCGGUCCGGGUCAAGAAGACGGCCGAGAACGCCGAGAAGGCGAAUUGAGCUGUGCAAGUAUGUAUACUUUUGGGGAUUGGGGGAAAAAGAGAAGAAAACCCCGUAGUUGAUGUAUCAACAUAGACGAUUGUAUUUUUUAAGAGUCGAGUUGGAACAGGCGUGUGUGCAGCGUGUAUUAAUUAUAUAUAAAGAAACAAAAGAUACCAAGCAACGAGCUG